AUGGCGGAAAUCAAUAAUUCAAACUCCACCCUACUUCUCGAAAAGAAACGUAGUCUUACUCCAUCUGUCAUGGAAGAAGUUCGUACUCUCUCUAUCUCUGAAUGUGAAGGCGCGGCCCAAUGUCUAGCUGAAGCCUUUGCCGUAGAUGAGGUGGCUAGAUACUUCGUUGAUACACCUGAUAUGGAAAAUGUGACCGAGGCUGCAAAGUGGAAGUUACAUCUAAGUAUCAUGCGAUACAUGACCGCCGCUCAUUGCUAUAAAGGUAUCGUGACAACAGUGGGUGAUGAUUAUGGCGCUGUAGCUCUCUGGAUGCAACCAGCAGCAGAUAUGGAUGACUGGCUUACUUUCUUCCGUUCCGGACUUUGGAGACUCUACUACCAACUCUCGUCCGAGGGCCGCGUUAGGUUCUUCAAGGAGUUCUUCCCAUUGCUCCAUGAUACCAAGCACAAUGUUAUGGGCGAGCGAGAUGGAAAUUCCUAUUACCUGGUCUACCUCGGAUCUAAAGCUAGCGCUCGCGGUAAAGGGUACGCCAGAAAGUUGAUUGAACAUAUGACUGUCAAGGCGGACUCGGAGAAUAGAGCAACAUAUCUCGAAUCCAGUGCUCAUGGCAAUCUCUCGUACUACGAGAAAUAUGGCUUUGUGCAUAAAAGCGAUAUUCAACUUGAGCGUGGUCCAAAACCUAUCAAAUUGCAUAUCAUGGUCAGAGAACCCGUUAACGAAGCCGAGGGUUCCAAGGGAGGUGAGAGGGUCGGUGGAAGAAUGCUCUAG